GAGGCCUCUGCCGACCAAUGCUCGCUUGCUGGGGGGCGGAAAGCAGCGGCUCCAGGCGGCGCGAGGGCGGAGGUUGGAGCGGAGAGACCAGAUGAGGAGGAGGAGGAGAAGAAGAAGAAGGAGAAGAAAACUGGUGCUGCCUCCGCCGGGCCCUUCAUCGUCCCGGCCUUGCCGGGCAGAUGCAUCCCAGGAUGAAUGAAUUAAGCCUGAGCCCCGUAGGGAUGGAACAGUUGACAGCAUCCUCUGUGAGCAAUGCUCUGAGUGUUACAGGAAACCACAUAGGCUUGACAUCUUCACCAACACACAAUGCCAUACCAGCACCAGGAUUACCUGUUGCAAUUCCUAAUCUGGGACCCUCCUUACCCUCUGCUCUGUCUCUGAUGCUUCCAAUGGGCAUUGGGGAUCGAGGGGUGAUGUGUGGCAUACCAGAAAGAAAUUAUACCCUACCUCCACCGCCUUAUCCUCACAUAGAGAGCAGCUAUUUCAGACACAUUCUACCUGGACUCUUAUCUUAUUUAGCUGAUAGACCUCCACCUCAGUAUGUCCACCACAACAAUAUAAACGUUGACAGUAAUCCAUCUUUGUCUGUCUCCAACAACCCUUCAGGCCUUGAUCCCUACCAGCCCAAUGGAACAGUGGGUCUUGAAGCAAGCAUUGUUUCCAUGGAUUCCCGCUCAGUGAAUGCACACAGUACCCAAAACUUGCACCCCAGUGACAGCCAUGAGGUAGCUCUAGAUACAGCCAUCACCAUGGAAAACGUUUCAAGGGUCCCCAGUCCAAUCUCUACUGAUAGGAUGGCCGAGGAACUUACAAUGGGUGAUGUACCUGGGGAUCAUUCACAGAUUGCAAAUGGCAGCCGUAAUCAUGAGCCUAUGACUGUGGAUGCUGUGGGCAGCAGUUUAGCCACAGACGCUGUAGGGCAUAAUGGCGUCAUCCCUCUUCACAGUAGCAGUUUGGAACUUCCAGUUGUAAUGGAGCCUGACCAUAUUUCCGGCCGUGUCAGUGGGUUAUCUGACAGAACACUUGGGGACUCUAUUCACACAGUGGCCAUGAGCAGCAAUUCUGUGAGUGUUGCACUUUCUACCUCACACAACCUCACAUCCCUGGAAUCUGUCUCAUUACAUGAAGUGGGCCUCAGUCUGGAGCCAGUCACUGUGUCCUCCAUAAGCCAGGAAGUAGCCAUGGGACAAAAUCACGUGGAUGUCUCCUCUGACAGUCUUACAUUUGUGCCAUCAUCACUGCAACUGGAAGACUCCAAUUCAAACAAGGAGAAUAUGGCCACCCUGUUUACCAUAUGGUGCACACUGUGUGACAAGGCCUACCCAUCAGAUUGCCCAGACCAUGGACCUGUGACCUUUAUUUCAGACACCCCAAUAGAGAGUCGAGCCAGGCUGUCUCUCCCAAAACAGCUUGUUAUCCGCCAGUCUAUCAUGGGAGCUGAAGUUGGUGUAUGGACUCGAGAAACCAUUCCUGUGCGUACUUGUUUUGGACCGCUUCUUGGACAACAGAGUCACUCUAUGGAAGUAGCUGAUUGGACAGACAAAUCAGCCAAUCACAUAUGGAAGAUGUACCACAACAAUGUCCUGGAGUUCUGCAUCAUCACAACUGAUGAAAAUGAAUGUAACUGGAUGAUGUUUGUACGGAAAGCCAGGAAUCGGGAAGAACAGAAUUUGGUUGCCUACCCUCAUGAUGGAAAGGUUUACUUCUGCACCUCCCGUGAUAUCCCUCCAGACCAUGAGCUGCUUUUUUACUAUAGUCGAGAUUAUGCCCAGCAGAUGGGUGUUCCUGAGCAUCCUGAUGUGCACACUUGUCACUGCGGAAAAGAAUGUGCUUCCUACACUGAGUUCAAGGUGCAUCUGAGUAGUCACAUCCAUAGCCACUUCUCCAGUCAGGGGCACAGCACCAGCCAUGGACCAGGCCACAGUAAGGAAAGAAAAUGGAAAUGUUCCAUGUGUCCUCAAGCUUUCAUCUCUCCUUCCAAGCUUCAUGUUCACUUCAUGGGGCACAUGGGGAUGAAGCCACACAAGUGUGAUUUCUGUAGCAAAGCCUUCAGUGACCCCAGUAAUCUCCGUACACACCUCAAAAUUCAUACAGGUCAGAAGAAUUAUCGCUGUGCUCUCUGUGAGAAGUCCUUCACUCAAAAGGCCCACCUAGAGUCACACAUGGUUAUUCAUACUGGGGAGAAAAACCUAAAAUGUGAUUACUGUGACAAACUCUUCAUGCGACGGCAAGAUCUUAAGCAGCAUGUCCUCACCCAUACACAAGAACGUCAGAUCAAGUGUCCCCAAUGUGAGAAACUCUUCUUGAGGACAAAUCACCUGAAGAAACAUUUAAAUUCUCAUGAAGGGAAGCGCGAUUAUGUCUGUGAAAAAUGUUCCAAAGCUUAUUUAACAAAAUACCACCUUACACGCCACCUAAAAAUCUGCAAAGGACCAACCUGCAGUCUCUCAACCCAGGAAGAGGAGGAUGAGGACGAGGACGAUUCUUCAGAGGAAGAAGAAUCAAUAAACCCUGUAAGGGCUGAAAACUGCAGACUUAAUGCUAGCAUGUACGUGACGGACAACACACAUUCUUGCCAUAAAUAAGAAAUGGAGUUCCCCAAAUAUAAAGUGAUUCAGUCUUGAAAACCAUGUUUAUCAAAAUAAGAUUUGUACAGUAAACCUCUGCUCCGCAGAUCAGGCCUUGGACCCUUAAGGAAAAUGACUUAUGUCUUCCUUUUCUUUCAGAGGGGCGUCCACAAAGCUUAAACCAAUGUAACUACCCACUUUGUUAAAAUUGUGCUAUUGGUGCUCUUGUUUGAUGUGUCGUGCAUGACUCCUAGAAUGAAACACAGAUACAGAUCUGCUCAGCCAAUGUUUUGGAACAGGAUCAGUUGUCCUCUUUUACAAUUAAUGGUACCUUAGAGAAUGCAAAUUGCAUUCAUCAUCACAGAAGUCCAAUGAUCUGAUUUUCCUCUAUAAAUUAUUUUGAAACUCAGUAGGAACUAGCUAAAGCCAGCAUUCAUUAUAUGCCAAUGGAUUAAUUGCUCACAUAUGCAGACAACUAUUUCCAGAUGACAAGACCGCAACAGCACAGUAUAGUAUCCAUGCUUGUGUUCAGAAUACAGGCUUUUAUCACGAAUCAGUUUUGCUACUUCGUGGUUACAACUAUGGUAUUAUCUAUACUGUAAUUUGCAACCAUUUUUUUCUGGGAGGUGGGAAUUUUGCUGCUAAUGUAUUUAUGGAAUGAAUAUAUCAUUUAAAAUCUGGUUCCUUAUGGGCAAAAUUAAAAUAUUGCUUUUUAACA